GGGUGGACUUUGGGGCAGGUGGGAAGCCAUGGAAAGGGGUUUCCAGGCGGGUGGCACUCAGACCUUGAGCAGGCGGCCGCAUUGUGAAGCUGCCAAAGUCUCUCUAGUGGUGGAAUCUGCAAAUCUCUUCCAGAAAGGAGAUGGGAACACGAAACGAAUGAUGGCCCGUCCUUUCUCCCUUGCAAGUGUUCCGCAUCUGUAGGGUCUCCCUACUUCUUCACCCACGCCAGUUUGCACCCGGUGGGUUAGUCAUUUGUACGGAGCCAACAUGCUGAGUGUGUAUGUGGAUGGCUGCGAUGCACAGUAUCUGGAGUAGAGCAGAAAAAUUAUUAUGCCUGUGUUCCCUUGUGACUCAUUGGAAAUUGUACAGUGACAUCUUCUGGGAUUUAGUCUGGAGUGUGCAGACUGGUGGCUAAAAUGGAAGUAGAUGUUAAUGGAGAGUCCAGAAGUACCCUGAGCACCCUGCCCUUGCCCAUGGCCGAGGCGAGCUCCCCGGGAAAGGCAGAGGCAGAGAAGCCCCGCUGCUCCAGCACACCAUGCUCACCGAUGCGCCGGACUGUGUCAGGCUACCAGAUCCUCCACAUGGACUCUAACUAUUUGGUGGGCUUCACCACUGGUGAGGAACUCCUGAAGUUAGCCCAGAAGUGCACAGGAGGUGAAGAGGGUAAGGGAGAAGCCAUGCCUUCCUUGCGCUCCAAACAGCUGGAUGCAGGACUUGCGCGUUCCUCUCGUUUGUAUAAAACCAGAAGUAGGUACUACCAGCCAUACGAGAUUCCAGCUGUCAACGGCAGGAGGCGAAGGCGGAUGCCCAGCUCAGGAGACAAGUGCACUAAAUCUUUACCUUAUGAACCUUAUAAGGCCCUCCAUGGGCCUCUGCCUCUUUGUCUUCUUAAAGGUAAGAGGGCUCACUCCAAAUCUCUGGACUACCUCAACCUAGAUAAAAUGAACAUCAAGGAGCCAGCUGACACAGAAGUGCUACAGUACCAGCUUCAACACCUAACCCUCCGGGGGGACCGUGUGUUUGCCAGGAAUAAUACAUGAAUGACCUGCUGAGUGUGUAAACCAGUUUAGGGCAGCCUGUACUUGGCUAGAAAAACCCACAGUUGUACUCUGUACAGGACUCUUCACGUUAUAGAUGGUUAUAUCAGCUAAGUGUUCCAGGAACAUAAAAAUUGUUUGCAUCAAAUUUUGAAUACAGAAGUAAAAUCACAGGUACUUGGGGAGAAAUCACUCUAGAGCACGCAACUACAAAGAAAACAGAAUGUUGACCAUUAGUUUGUAUAGCUUUUUAGCUAGGAAAAAAGGCUUUGGUACGGUAAGAUCUUUACGAUUCUCACGCUGGAGUCAGGAAUGCUAUUCUGCUUGGUUGUUGCUGACUUGGUAUGAUUCAUUAGAAAUUUAUAUCUUAAGUACUUAAGUACUUCUUUAAUCUCUGUAUUUUACUAUAAAAUGUAUGUAAUGAUUUGUUUUAUGAAAUUUAGAACUUGAACAUUGCUGAAUUGGACCACUUUUUAUUUUUAAAUAUUACGUUUAAAUAUUUUAUAACUGGUUUUGCACUGAAAAAAAUAACAUUUCAGAUUGACAAGAGAAUAAUCUUUCUUCACUUGCCUCAAUACUAAUAUUGAGCAAUGAAUUUUUUAUUUCCGCAUGGAAAGGUAUUGAUCUCUAUGGCUGUAAAAUAUUUCUUUAUAGCGUUAUUAACGUGUGUCUUAAUAAAAUUAAAUUUGGGAUACAAAGUAUUUAUUUUACAAUAGGUGGGGGGGAAGCUUUUCCAGAAAGUUUCCUAUCUGAAAUUUUCAUAAGUUGAAAAAGUUUCCUUUGAGCUUAUUUUCUAAUUUAAAAUUCAUCUGGAACUUUAAAGUGGAAAGAUUCUUUUGGUUGUGGAUUAUAGGCAUAAUACAGUCUGCAUCUGAAUGUUCUGUAAGUGAAUGGAACUUUAAUAGAGGAAUUCAUGAUUUCUACUAUUGAAUGCUUAAUAUGAAGUGAUACCAUUCAGCACUGCAUCAGGUCAUUCCAGGUUUUAGUUUUUGCAGCACAAGCACUCAUUGAAAUUCCAGUUUCUAGGAUUAGUGUAGGAGCCUAAGGGGCUUCUACAGUUUUAAUGGGUUAAUCCUGGAUUACUUAACAAUUUAUGUCAAUUGCACUGGUUUAAUUUGUUGCUAAAGAGAUAUUGCCCUGGCUUUAGUAACAAAUACAGCUCAACUAUUCUUGAAUAUAUUUUGGAAAAAAAAUGUAUGUAACUUACCUUUUGUAAAAGUUUCUAUUUCUUUUCUUCUUUUUUGACUCUUGAAGGUGCAAUUUAUAACUGAAUUGGCAUUUCUGGCAGCAUUGAACUGCUUAUUUUAAAUUUUAUUUUGGGGGCUAUGAGUUUCUUAGGUGUUAGCAAUCUUGCUUAUAAAAUAAGAACACCUUUUAAUUAAUCAGUGGGCCAUUCCUGGUGCAGUUGGGACUUUUCUUAGCCAGAAUGAAUGGCAAACUAUUUAGAGCAGAGUAAGUAUUAGAAAACCCUAGGAGCUCCUAAUCAACAUUUAUUAUGCUUUCACUGAGGCAGACUGUGUGAUUGAACCUUGGUGAAGUUGGCCCAUAUCUUCCUGAGUUCAUCAAAUUUCUUGGUGGGCUGUAAAUUUUCAGCUGUUGAUACUUUAACGUAAAUUGCACCUUUGUAACAUAUUGUAUUGACGAAUGAUCACUAAGAUUAACUAUAUCUAUACAGUCAUUAGUAUGACAAGAAAUAGAAUCCUGUCAGAUGCCAAAGAGUUGGGAUUUUUACGUUUAAUGAUUAAACAUCGUUAUUUAUUGAUGAUUUACCCUGUGGAACUGUAUUAUUUCUAACUAUGAAAUAAAAGGGUGAUGUAAACACACAUUGUUGUGUGAUGCUUUAAACAAAGUCCACCAUCAACAGGCGGGUCACUGUUCAAGAAUUCCACCUAAGCACGUAUUUUUAGGCCCCGUUUUUGUUUUAAAAAAUUACUUUUGGUGCUCAUUUACGUUCCAAGGUAAAGGCUGUGUUCACAACAAUGAUUGUAUUCACUUGUUAGGAAACACAGCUGUACACCUGUGAGAUCUUUUCCUGCCUAUGCACCUGAAUCCUUUCUUGAGCUAAAUAAAACUAUGUAGCUUUUUGUUUUGUUUUGUUUUGUUUUUACUUAAAGACAGGUAAAAAAAAAAAACCCAAACAAUUCUGUGGUGGAAAUGAAGGGGUUAAAAGUUGGAGAUAUGGUGCAUAAUUUGUUAUGUCUGAUUAGUAAAAAUAAUGUAAUUUUAAAUUUGGUGUGCUAGAAAGUUCCAAAAGUCAUGGUCAGUAGUUUUUCUGUGUUUGUGGAGCCCUUCAUUACUUUAUUCUUGCCUUCUGUGCGCUCUACGGGCAGGUGCUCCUACAGUAGAUACUAUACUGUUGAGAGAAAAAGGUUAGGCUGGAUCUCUUUGAGUUGAAAAAAUCCUGUUUCCUUGAGUCUUUUAACGUGUUCUGUUUUUGAACUUUCUCCCCUCGUUUUUAUUCAAUUUAAUAUUCCAGACUGAACGGGGCACACUUUUGGCCACUAUACCUGAUGAAGUUACUUUAUAGUUCCUGCCCUUAAAUAUGUUGCAGUACCACAUAACUUUUUUUUCCCAGAAAUACCAUGUUUUAGAGGUUCAGCUGAUGCGUACAGCAAUAGAACUUCAGUGCUUGCCUCAAUUUGUGGUGAGCUGCUGUGGCUCCUCUGAGUCCCCUUGGCUGCAGUGGUACCUCUGGUUCCUGGACUCCUGUAGUCUGCAGUCAGGGCUGAAACUACUAUGGGCAGGGAUUAAAACUUAAACUCACUGACAACCCCCAGAUCUUCUGGACUCAGGCUGGGCUACUCUUCCAGCUUAGUGAGUCCCGUCCAUUGGCCCUUAGUGCCCAUAAUAAUGCCCAUAUGUAGGUCACUGUCUUUUUCCCUUCGUUGAGAUGUUUACUUAAAUGAUUUUGGGGCUUGGGGAAGCAUUUAGAAGAUUCUGUAUUAACUUUUAAAGGUAUUCUGGCCUUUCACUAAAGAAGGACUAUUUCUUGGGAUCUUGAGAAAAGCAACCUAUUUUUACUUAUUUUCUCAUCCUAACAUACUUUUAUCUCAGAAAGGCUUU